GGAGCCGCGACCAACGGAACUGACGUCACUGGCAUCAUGUAAACUGUUGAGAUGAUCCAUGGUAACAGAGUCAGUGCAGCAACACCGCUCGCACAGACACACGCACGGGAUCCGACAGAAAUGCCUCGAACCUGGAUCGCACCUGCACCGGCUCUUGCUUCUUACAGACGAGCGGCGCUCGGACGCGUGUUAGACGCGCCGUCCGCCUUUUAAACGCGACGCACCUGCCGGGAAUCCAAAACAUUUGAUGUAUUGCUUCUAUAAAUCUAUUGUCAGUUCACAAGAAGCAAGGAACCCAGCGAAAUGUGUGGUUGAACUGCUUCUCAUCUCAGCGCUUUCGCUUAUUUCUUACAGACUCCAAUACGAGCAGAUGAUUUUAAUCCGGAUGAAAUAAUGACUCUUGUGGAUUAACGCCUUCAUUGUCACUCCAGUUUUUGCUUUGUCGGGAUCGAGGGAUCAUCUGCCUUUACCAUUUGCCAUUACAGUCUGUAUAUAACAGCCAUAGUAAUAUAAUAUCGUGAAGAUGGCGACUGGAGCGGGCUGGCAGCAUUACUACAACCCCGCUGGCAGCGCUUCGACGGGGAAAUAUAACAGCACCUCCACUUCGACAUCCACCAGCACGUCCUUCCCGUCCGGGUUAUCCCUCGAAUACACGCAGGACCUCCAUCUGAAGAUGAGCAAGAAGAUAGCACAGCUGACCAAGGUAAUCUAUGCCCUCAACACCAAGAACGACGAGCACGAAGCGGCCAUCCAGACCCUGAAGGAAGCCCACGAGGAGGAGGUGCAGCAGAUUCUCUCAGAAACGCGGGAGAAGAUCAUGCAGUACAAGAGCAAGAUCAGUGAUGAGAUGGACUUGAAGCGGCGCAUUCAGUCUCUGGAGGAGUCCAUGGAGCUGCACGAGCGGAUGAAGCGCCAGGCCCUGGCAGAGUUCGAGACGUACCGUCAGCGGGUGGAGGACAUGCAGCUGUGCACGGAGGCACAGCACACGCAGCGCGUGGUCACCAUGUCCCGAGAGGUGGAGGAAAUGCGACGCUCUUUCGAGGAGAAGCUCCGCUCCUUUGGACAGUUGCAGGCCCAGUUUGAGCAGGAGAAACAGCAGGCUCUUGAGGAGCUACGUGCUGGACAUCGGCAGGAGGUUCAAGAACUGCUUCGUUCACACCAAAGCCAGAAUGCCAACUACAGCAAAGACCAGGAGAAACUGGGACAGCUUCAUAAAGCAGAGGUGGAUUCACUGACCGAAAGGGUCGAGGAACUGAAACGGGACAAGAAGCGUCUGGUGGAGGAGUACGAGGCCAAGCUAAAUAAAGCCCAGGCCUUCUACGAACGGGAACUGGAGGCCAUGAAGCGCACGCAGCAGAUGACCGCAGAGAACCUGCUGGCCUGGAAGAAGACCGAAGCGGAGCUGAGGAAGGAGUUCCAGGCGCAGGAAGCGGCGCUGCAGAAGACUCUGGGGAAGCUGCGCAGCGAACUGCAGCGGGUGCAGGAUGAGGCCAGGGAGAGCAGGGAGAAAUCCCACAAAAUGCAGGCCUCUCUCAUUGCUGCGGAGAACAACAUCAAGGAACUGCAUAAACAGUUGGAGGAGGUGACUAAGGACACGGAGAUCGUGGAAAUCAGGCAGAGGGAGGCGGAGUGUGAGCUGGAGGCAUCCAGAGACAGAGUGCAACAGCAGGCCACAGAGAUCCUGCUCAAAGCUAGUCAGAUCGGAAGCCUGCAGGCCACCCAGAUGACUCACGAGGCGGUCAUUCGGGAUCUGGAACAGGAAAAGUCUCGUCUGAAGGACAAGGUGUUGCGUCUGGAGGAGGAAAGAGGGGCGCUGCAGAAGAAAAGUCAGACGCUGGACGAGAGGCAGAGACAGCAGAUCCUCUCCCUGGAGAAGUCACUUCGAGAAGAAAAGCAGAUCUAUGAGAAGGAGCUCAUGAACUUGCGUGCCAGAUAUGAAGAGGACACUGCUUACUUUAAGGAUGCCCACAGCCGGGCGUUGGACGAGAUCUCCAGGAAGCACCGGGCAGCUCUGGAGAACACACAGAGCUUCUCCGAGAAAGAGAAGAACCGACUCCUGUCCGAAAUGGAGGAACAGUUCGAGAAGGAACGUAGCUCUCUAGAGGAACAGAAGAGCCUUUUACGAGAGGAACUGGACAGUCUUCGAGAGGAGCUCACAGCCAAACUCAACAUGGCCAACAGUGAGGUGAGUCGACUCCAGGAGCUGAUGAAGCAGGGAGAGCAGGGACUCAGUUCUGCUGAGGGACACAUCUCCAAUCUGAAGGAUGCCCAGAAGAAGCUUCUAGAAGAGCUGGAUGCCACGCGAGCCAGACUCAGAGAGACCAGCAAUCUCUUAACAGCCCUUCAGGGAGAGAUGGAGACUCAGAAACAACAGCACGAUGCCAAACUCAUCACUACCAAAGAGGAAGAGAAGCUCAAAAUGGAUAAGAUGGCCCUGGAGCUCGAGCUGAAGUGGACCGAGACGCUCAGGCAAGAGUGUAAGAAACUGCGUGAGGAGCUACGUGAAGAGCAUGAGGAGAAUAAAAGGUCAGCACUCACUCAGCUGGCACAGAAUAAAGAUCAGGAGAUGUGCUCCGCCAGAGAGAGCUGGCAGAGGAAGGUGGAGGACCUUCUGGAGCAGAUUUCCUUGCUGAAACAGAGCCUGGAGAUGCAGCUUUCCCAAUCCCAGCAUUCCCUGCAGCAGCUGCAGGCACAGUUCAGUCAGGAGCGAGAGCACCUGGGACAGCAGCUGCAGGAAAUGGAGCUGGAGCAUCAGCGCAGGGAGCAGCGGCUGCAGGAAGCCCACUACUGCUCUAUGCAGGACAUGCAGGAAGCCCGCCAGCACGACCUCAAGGAGCUUGAGGAGCGGCUACGGCAGCAGCACCACAUGGAGCUUCAGACUCUGCGGGAGGCUCACAGGCAGAACAUCGAGACUCUGAAACAGCAGUCAGAGCAAGAGCUGCAGACCCUCCGCUUCGAACUGGAGGAUGAGGGCAAGGCCAUGCUGGCAUCCCUGCGUUCCGAGCUGAACCAUCUUCACGCAUCAGCCAUUGAACAUAUGCGUCAAACCCAUCAACAGGAAACAGUGGCUGCCAAACAGGAACUGGAGAACGCUCUGGAAAAGAGCAGAGUAAAGGAACACGAGCUUCUGAGUCGCAUCUCAGAUCUGCAGGAGGAGGUCAGUCGCAGGAAGAAGCACAUUGCCGAUCUGGACCACGAGAUUCACACCCUGAACGAGAACAUCAGCACUUUGACCAAGGAGCUGGAACUCAAGGGCAAAGAGGUUUUGAAGAUCCGUAGCGAGGCCAAUCAGCAGAUCAGGUUGGAGGGAACAGAAGAAAAAUUCCGGAACAGAGAGAGCAGGCCUGAAGAUCUGCAGACAAUAGCCGAACUGAAGGAUAUGGUGACUGAGAGAGAAUCUUUGGUCAAGAAACUGGUGGAUGACAAAAAGUUUUACCAGCUGGAGCUUGUCAACAGAGAGACCAACUUCAACAAAAUAUUCAACACAAACCCAAAUGUUGGUGUCAUUAACCCUCUUGUUAAGCAAAAGCGAAAGAACGACAAAUCAGCCACCCGAUUCAGCAGCUCGGCCAAUCUUAGGGCCAAUGUGGAGGCUUCCGGGACAGGGAGCGGCCAGCCCCAGCCCAACCGCCUCGAGCCCAUCCCCAACUCCCCCAUUCACCAGCUGGAGCCUAACACGAGCAAACCCUUGUCCCCACCAACCCCUCUCACCGAACCCAAGAAAUUGACGAGCCCUCCUGAAGGAGAAGAAUCACCCGUCACCUCUCCAGACCCCCAGAGACAAGAAUGGUUCGCUCAGUACUUCUCCUUCUGACUUUUGCAAUUAAAGAGCAUGUCGACCAAACCAAACAAAAAAAGACAAAAAAAAAAGAUAUAUUAUUUAACAAAACAUCCUUUCAUUUGUUUUUUUUUCUUCUCCCCAAUGUGAAUGGGUUUCUUGUUUAUACAGUGAUGAUAGGUAUGUUUGACAUUUCAUUUACUGCAGUUUCUAUAGAGUGGUGCAUACGCUGCUAAUUACUAUUUGUUAAAAGAGAAAAAACAACAACAACAGUAUUGUCUCCUCUGUAUCUAAUUUUAGAAUGCCACCGUAAUGACUUUGUUACAGCUGCAUUAUCCAUUUUGGUAGGAUUAAACUGUUUGUAUGGUUGUC